AUGGCGCCUAUUGACGUGGAAAAGGCGAUUGAAGAGCUCACACUGGGAGAGAAGGUCGCUCUCACUGCCGGACGCGACUUCUGGCACACAGCCCCGAUCCCACGCCUCAAUAUCCCUUCCUUGCGUAUGUCAGAUGGCCCGAAUGGCGUUCGAGGAACCCGGUUCUUCAACGGCGUCCCGGCAGCUUGUAUGCCAUGUGCCACUGCCCUGGGCGCAACAUGGGACACGGAGUUAUUAUCACAGGUGGGUAGUUUGAUGGGAGAUGAAGCCAUCGCCAAGGGUGCGCACAUUGUACUUGGCCCCACAAUCAACAUUCAACGAUCACCACUUGGUGGUCGUGGAUUUGAGUCUUUCUCCGAAGAUGGUACCCUUUCUGGUACGCUAGCAGGUCAUAUGUGUGAUUCUAUGCAGAAGAAGGGUGUCGCUGCGACAUUGAAGCAUUUCGUUUGUAAUGAUCAAGAACACGAGCGGAUGGCUGUUAACAGUAUUCUUACGGAGCGGGCUCUCCGUGAGAUCUAUCUUUUGCCUUUCCAGCUCGCUAUGCGAAUUUGUCGAUCUGCGUGUAUCAUGACUGCCUAUAACAAAGUCAAUGGCACACAUGUGAGUGAGAACAAAAAAUUGAUCGAUGAUAUACUGCGGAAGGAGUGGGGUUGGGAUGGUCUGGUUAUGAGUGACUGGUUCGGCACAUACAGCACCUCGGAUGCCAUUAAUGCCGGUCUUGAUAUUGAGAUGCCAGGCAAGUGUCGCUGGCGUGGAGAGGCUCUUGCGCAUGCCGUCUCCUCAAACAAGGUAGCUCAGUUCAAACUUGAUGAGCGUGUUCGUAACGUGCUGAACUUGGUAAACUUUGUUGAUGGAGCGGGCAUCCCAGAGGGUGCCACUGAGACGGCACUCAAUCGACCUGAAGACCAAGCAUUGAUGCGCCGAGCAGCGUCGGAGUCUGUGGUUCUUUUGAAAAACGAAAAUGCAAACUUGCCAUUGAAGAAGGACAGCUCUUUGCUGGUUAUUGGACCAAAUGCCAAGCUGGCCGCUUACUGUGGUGGUGGCUCUGCCUCUUUAGCACCUUAUUACACUGUAUCACCAUUUGAUGGUGUUUCGGCGAAGAGCAAGGGCGAGGUCACCUUUUCCCAAGGUGUCUACUCUCACAAGGAGCUGCCUCUUAUUGGCCCUCUAUUGAAGACUGCAGAUGGAAAGACCGGGUUCACCUUCAAGGUAUACAAUGAGCACCCAAGUGCUGGCACAGAACGCACAGUUGUAGAUGAGCUUCAGCUUGUGGCAUCAACCGGGUUCUUGAUGGACUACAUCAACCCCAAGAUCAAGUCGAUGACCUACUACGUGGACAUGGAAGGAUUCUUCACACCGGAGGAGAGUGGUAUCUACGAAUUUGGUGUGACUGUCGUGGGAACCGGCCGACUGCUCAUCGAUGGCGAAGUAGUCGUGGAUAACACCAAGAACCAGAAGCAGGGCUCAGCAUUUUUCGGCACAGCUACCAUUGAAGAACGAGGUGAGAAGGAGCUUCAGGCUGGUCAGACGUACAAGGUUCUCUUCGAGUUCGGCACAGCACCCACUUCCGAUCUAGACACUCGCGGCGUUGUCUCAUUUGGACCUGGAGGCUUCCGCUUCGGUGGAAGUCGUCGCGUCAGCCAGGAGGAACUCAUCUCCGCUGCAGUCGAGAAAGCCAAGACAGCCGAGCAAGUGGUUAUUUUCGCUGGUCUGACCAGCGAAUGGGAAACAGAAGGCUACGACCGCGACGACAUGGACCUGCCACCCGGUAGUGACGAGCUGAUCACCCGUGUCCUAGCGGCAAACUCCAACGCUGUUGUCGUGCUCCAAUCUGGCACUCCAGUGACAAUGCCAUGGGUGAAUGAUGCGCGCUCAGUCGUGCAAGCCUGGUUCGGUGGUAAUGAGUGCGGCAACGGUAUUGCAGACGUUCUCUACGGCGAUGUGAACCCUUCCGCCAAGUUGCCUGUUACCUUCCCACGCCGUCUACAAGACAAUCCUUCCUACUUGAACUUCCGCUCUGAGCGCGGUCGCGUCCUGUACGGUGAGGAUGUAUACGUUGGCUACCGCUACUUCGAGAAGGGCGAUGUCGCUCCUGCAUUCCCCUUCGGUCACGGUCUGUCAUACACCACAUUCGCUCGAUCGGACUUGCAAAUCAAGACUGUGCCGGAAGAGAAGAAAUACCAGGAGUCUGGGGAGCCGAUCACCGCUACAGUGACGGUUACUAACACCGGUUCCGUUGCCGGAGCCGAGAUCGUUCAGCUUUGGGUUCUUCCCCCCAAGACGGAUGUUAACCGGCCGAUCCGUGAGCUUAAGGCUUUCCAGAAAGUUUUCUUGCAGCCCGGUGAAUCCAAGAGCGUGGAGCUUGUUGCUGAGAAGAAGUUAGCAACCAGCUGGUGGGACGAGCAACGCGAGCAGUGGAUCUCUGAGAAGGGACGAUAUGAAGUCCUGGUUACCGGUACCGGUUCAGAGGAGCUUCGAGGAGAAUUCGAGGUUGGCAAGACUCGAUUUUGGUUGGGUCUGUAA